GAAGAAACUAGAUGCAACAUGUAUUGGUAUGAAAGCUUUGAGAAUAUUAUCACUUUUAGGAUGUGAGAAUUUAGAAGAGAUACCAUUGGGAUUGAAGAAUCUUUCUAAAUUAGAAGAGUUGUGGUUUAGAAAUUGCAAGAAGUUAAAGAUUGCACAUGAUGCAUUUGAAGGAUUGACAUCAUUGAAUUUGUUAGCUAUGAGUGGAUGUGAUCAAUUAGAAGUGGUACCAAGAAGCUUUGAGCACCUUACAUGUCUUGAGGAGUUAUAUUUGAACGAUUGCAUCAACUUGAAGAAAUUAGAUGCAACAUGUGCUGGUAUGAAGGCUUUGAGAAAAUUAUCACUUUCAGGAUGUGAGAAUUUAGAAGAGAUGCCACUAGGAUUGAAGAAUCUCUCUAAGCUAGAAUUAUUGUGGUUUACAAAUUGCAAGAAGCUAAAGAUUGUACAUGAUGCAUUUGAAGGAUUGAUAUCAUUGAAUGCCUUAUGUAUAAAAGGAUGUGAGAAAUUAGAAGUGGUACCAAAAAGCUUUGAGCACCUUACAUGUCUUGAAGAGUUAUACUUGAAUGAUUGCAUCAACUUGAAGAAACUAGAUGCAACAUUUGUUGGUAUGAGGGCUUUGAGAGUAUUAUCUUUUUUUGGAUGUGAGAAUUUAGAAGAGAUACCAUUGGGAUUGAAGAAUCUCUCUAAAUUAGAAAAGUUAUGGUUAACAAAUUGCAAGAAGCUAAAGAUUACACAUGAUAUAUUUGAAGGAUUGACAUCAUUGAAUUUGUUAGCAUUGAGUGGAUGUGUGCAAUUAGAAGUGGUACCAAGAAGCUUUGAGCAUCUUACAUGUCUUGAAGAGUUAUAUUUGAAUGAUUGCAUCAACUUGAAGAAACUAGACGCAAUACUUGUUGAUAUGAAGGCUUUGCGAAUAUUAUCAUUUUCAAGAUGUGAGAAUUUAGAAGAGAUGCCAUUGAGAUUGAAGAAUCUUUGUAAGCUAGAAAAGUUGUGGUUUACAAAUUGCAAGAAGCUAAAUAUUACACAUGAUAUAUUUGAAGGAUUGACAUCAUUGAAUUUAUUGACAUUGAGAGAAUGUGUGCAAUUAGAAGUGGUACCAAGAAGCUUUGAGCAUCUUACAUGUCUUGAAGAGUUAUACUUGAAUGAUUGCAUCAACUUGAAGAAACUAGAUGCAAUACUUGUUGGUAUGAAGGCUUUGAGAAUAUUAUCACUUUCAGGAUGUGAGAAUUUAGAAGAGAUGCCAUUGGGAUUGAAGAAUCUCUCUAAGCUAGAAAAGUUAAACUUUUCAAAUUGUAAGAAGUUAAAGAUUGUACCUGAUGCAUUUGAAGGAUUGACAUCAUUGAAUUUGUUAGCAUUGAGUGGAUGUGUACAAUUAAAAGUGGUAGCAAGAAGCUUUGAGCAUCUUACAUGUCUUGAAGAGUUAUAUUUCAAGGAUUGCAUCAACUUGAAGAAACUAGAUGCAAUAUUUGUUAGUAUGAAGGCUUUGAGAAUAUUAUCACUUUCAGGAUGUGAGAAUUUAGAAGAGAUGCCAUUAGGAUUGAAGAAUCUUUGUAAGUUAGAAAAGUUAUGGUUUACAAAUUGCAAGAAGCUAAAGAUUGCACAUGAUAUAUUUGAAGGAUUGACAUCAUUGAAUUUGUUAGCAUUGAGUGGAUGUGUGCAAUUAGAAGUGGUACCAAGAAGCUUUGAGCAUCUUACAUGUCUUGAAGAGUUAUAUUUCAAGGAUUGCAUCAACUUGAAGAAACUAGAUACAAUACUUCUUGGUAUGAAGGCUUUGAGAAUAUUAUCACUUUCAAGAUGUGAGAAUUUAGAAGAGAUGCCAUUCGGAUUGAAGAAUCUUUGUAAGCUAGAAAAGUUGUGGUUUAAAAAUUACAAGAAGCUAAAGAUUACACAUGAUACAUUUGAAGGAUUGACAUCAUUGAAUUUGUUAUCAUUGAGUGGAUGUGUGCAAUUAGAAGUGGUACCAAGAAGCUUUGAGCAUCUUACAUGUCUUGAAGAGUUAUAUUUGAAUGAUUGCAUCAACUUGAAGAAACUAGAUGCAGUACUUGUUGGUAUGAAGGCUUUGAGAAUAUUAUCACUUUCAGGAUGUGAGAAUUUAGAAGACAUGCCAUUAAGAUUUAAGAAUCUUUGUAAGCUAGAAAAGUUGUGGUUUACAAAUUGCAAGAAGCUAAAGUUUGCACAUGAUAUAUUUGAAGGAUUGACAUCAUUGAAUUUGUUAUCAUUGAGUGGAUGUGUGUAAUUAGAAUUGGUACCAAUAAGCCUUGAGCAUCUUACAUAUCUUGAAGAGUUAUUCUUGAAUGAUUGCAUCAACUUGAAGAAACUAGAUGCAAGACUUGUUAGUAUGAAGGCUUUGAGAAUAUUUUCACUUUCAAGAUGUGAGAGUUUAGAAGAGAUGCCAUUGAGAUUGAAGAAUCUCUCAAAGCUAGAAUUAUUAUGGUUUACAAAUUGCAAGAAGUUAAAGAUUGCACAUGAUGCAUUUGAAGGACUGACAUCAUUGAAUAUAUUAGGUAUGAGUGGAUGUGAGCAAUUAGAAGUGGUAUCUAGAAGCUUUGAGCAUCUUACAUGUCUUGAAGAGUUAUAUUUGAAUGAUUGCAUCAACUUGAAGAAACUAGAUAUAAUAUUUGAUAGUAUGAAGGCUUUGAGAAUAUUAUCAAUUUCAAGAUGUGAGAAUUUAGAAGAGAUGCCAUUGGGAUUGAAGAAUCUUUCUAAAUUAGAAGAGUUAUGGUUAACAAAUUGUAAGAAGCUAAAGAUUACACAUGA